AUGGAAUCCAUGCCUUAUGCAAAUGCUAUUGGCUCUAUCAUGUAUUCCAUGAUUAGUACAAGACCUGACUUGUCAUACUCUAUAUCAUUGUUAAGUAGGUUUAUGUCUAAUCCUGGAUGGGAACAUUGGAAUGCUCUGAAAUGGCUUCUUAGAUACAUUAAGAACAAUGUACAUAUGGGUUUAAAUUUCUGUAAAAGAAACUCCUCACUUGAUCUGGUUGGGUAUGUAGACUCGGAUUUUGUAGGUGAUAGAGACUCCCGAAAGUCUACAACAGCAUACCAUUUUACUUUGGGAGGUAACUGUAUUAGUUGGAAGUCCCAGCUACAGCCACUAGUAGCUCUUUCCACAACUGAAGCAGAAUAUGUGGCUGUAACCAAUGCAUUCAAAGAAGCGAUAUGGCUUCAAGGGUUCUUGAAAGAAGCCAAGCUGUUGGAUGGAACUGUGACUGUCUAUUCAGAUAGUCAGAGUGCUGUUCAUUUGGGGAAGAAUCCCGUGUACCAUGAGAGGACCAAACACGUAGAUGUGCGGUACCAUUUUGCGAGGGAUAUGAUCUUAAAAGGAGAGGUGAAACUGAUGAAAGUCCCAACUGAAAAUAACCUAGCAGACAUGGGAACCAAGGUUGUAACACUUGCAAAGUUCAAGCACGGCUUGAACUUAUUGCAUGUGGGAUAA